AUGCCCUUCGAUGGCCUCAACAUACCCAUGCUCUGGCCAGUGCAGAUGUCGGCAUUUCCUGGAGAUUGUGCUGAGGAGAGAGGAGGCUUGUCGAUUCUCUUGGUCGCCACCCGGCGGGAUGACUACGUCCCGAAACAAUAUCUUGAUUGGGCCAAAAAGCUCCAGGCAGAAGCCCCCGUGGCCUUGGACGCAGAAGACGCAAAGCGCUGUGUGGCCAAGGAACUAGGGCUAGGCCAUGUGGACGAAGCCUUCAAAGACUGGAGUAGUAAGCCAAUUGGCUCUGCCUCCAUUGGACAGGUCUACUUAGCGCGGCUUCGUUCGACGGGUGAAGAUGUCGCUAUCAAGGUGCAGAUGCCCGGCGCGGAGCGGCUCUUCCGGGUGGACAUCCGGACGCUGAAAAUCUUCACGCGACUCGCUUUUCCCUGGGCCGUCGACCACAUCAGCGAGCUAGAGAAGAUGUUUGAAUCAGAGUUCGACUACACCCUUGAGCGUGAGAACAUGGAGAAGGUCCGCAACAAUGUGAGCCAACGUUGGGGUGACCGAGUGAUCAUCCCCAAGACCUUCCCAGAGCUGUGCACCAGAAGAGUGCUAACUAUGCAAUUCCUGGACGGUGAGAAGCUCGUGGAUGGUAUGCUCCGGCGUGUCCGAGUAGCAGCCCAGCAAGCAAACCGUGAUCCCGAUGAGUUCCUCUCACAGCACCUGGAAGCUCUCCGGACCGGGAAGCUGAUGCCACGCAGUGCCAGUUCGGCGCGGUGGCGUGCUAGCGUUUGGAAGCUCUUGCAGCGGGUGCGAGGGGAACAUGAUAUCAACCUUCCAGCCUUGAUGGAGCAGCUCAUGCGAAUCCAUGGGGAGCAAGUCUUUGUGGAUGGGCUCUUCAAUGCAGACCCGCAUCCUGGCAAUGUCAUGCUUCUUCAUGAUGCUCAUGAUAGUGUGGGACUGAUCGACUUUGGGCAAGUGAAGGAGUUGUCGCUGGACUUCCGAGUGCAGUUGGCCAAGCUGAUCAUUGCCUUGUCCCGACGUGAUGAGGCUGAAGUGGUUCGACUAGACAAGGAGAUGGGCAGCAGGACGCAGCUCAGCAAGGCAGACGUCAGGUACCGUGUGGUUACCUUCUGGUUGGACCGUGACACUGAUGAUGUCACUGGUGGGCAAUCCUUCCACAACUUCCUGGCUUGGGCUGAAGAGGAGGAUCCUUUGCUGGAGAUGCCAAGGGAUCUCCACUUGGUAAUGAGAUGUUCGUGUAUGAUCCGGAACCUGGCUUUGAGCUUCGGCAUCCGCCUCUCCACUGCAGAGUACUGGAAGCCUGAAGCGGAAGCAUUGCUCCGGAAGCAUGGUGUUGCCUACUGA